AUGCCUGCAUCCAGUGUAGUUCCAACACUUUCUCCACCAUCGUCUUCAGCGGUGUCCAUUUCCCUGUCGGAAUCCGUUAGUACUAGUGCUGGGGACAGGCUGCCUCUUCAACAUAUCCUCGAUAAUGACAGAAACGGAAACCUCACUGCCCCAACUGGGGCCUCCAGUACAGGAAGAGAACACAACUGCUUCUUCCACAUUCUCGACUGCAAAAAAACCUUCGUUGAUCAUAGCGAGUGGAAAAUACAUGUGCUGAGCCACUUCCGAACAUCCUCACCACCCACCACAGCUCAAUGUCCAGCCUGUUCAUAUUCGACUUCAGACCCACGCCAUAGUGUCGCCUGGCGAACAAUGCUCACACACCUGGCCGGCGAACAUCUCAAGCAUGGAUACCCGAUCCACAACUCGAACCCGAGCUUCGCUACCAUGCGGCACAUGUACUGCUCUGGCAUCAUUGAGAAGGAAGAUCUAUGCCUCCUGCAGCUCGUGGCAGCUCCCGGACGGCCAGGCUAUGACUCAAGAAUGGAUUCGGUGAGAGCUAAUAUCGGCUCAUCGGAUGACGCAUAUUUGAUCUAUGCGAACCCUCGACGAGAGCGAAGAAUAAGAGGAAGGAGACCUCCCCGUGUUAUCGUUGUUUAA